AGACUUAUUUUUAUUUUAAAAGUUAGAGUAGCCGAUUGGGUUCAGGAAAAGGAAAUAGCCAAAUUUUCAGUUUCUAAUUUAAAUUUUCCUUUUCAAACUUUAGAAUCCUAAGUACUUGCCUUCUGGUUUCUACAAGUUUUUUUUUAAACUUUUUGCAGUGUACUAGAGAAUCCUCGAGAGAAUCAAAAACUUUUCAAAAGACACAUCUGGACAUACAUUAUUAUUAAUUAAAUAAGGAAUACCGUAUGGCGAAUACCUAUCUCUAUGAACUGAAAUAAUACAUAUCAUGGAGUCCCAAAGUUUAUUAUCCCACAGGGAAAGUAGUGUGGAAGAUGAAAAUCUCGAGGAAGAAGAAGAUGAUUGGUCUGAUAGGUCAAGUUAUAGCACUUACUCGGACUCUGAUUCCAGCAGUAUAAUACCUGAUUGGGAACCAUACGUCGACGAUUUUACUGGUGAACUCCUGUACAUUGACUGUCAUCCAUUUGUAACUCACAACCGAUAUCAAACUAAAACCGUUGAAGAACCAGAAGCGUUUACAAAAAGCCAGCUAAGAAGAAGCACUAGAGGCAAAUUCCUACGAUUAUUGAGAAGAAGGGAAAGUAAAAGGUUCAAAAAAAAUCAAAAACCUCUUGAAGAAGGAUUUGAAAUAAACACCCAGAAAGUUAAAUUUCAAGAUUUCCAAGAAGGCGAACAGAAGGAAGUUACACUAGAAAUUGAUCAAGAAAACAGGUAUAAUUUGUCUAGUGAUAAAUCACUGGCAGAAUCACUUUUAGGGCUCAUUGUUAGCACUUUAUCAGAUGGCAAUAGAGUAAUGAUAGCUGGGUUUUCUUAUGAUAGCAAGGCAAAAAACGAUCGCAACAUAAAAAUCGGAGAUUGGCUCAAAACCAUAAAUAACAUUGAUGUUAAUGUUCAUAAUUUAGAUGAUAUUUUGCAGAAAUUUAUUAAUCAUAAUGAAGUGUUGCUUACAUUACAAAGGGUGGGAGCUACAGAAGUAACCAAAGACCCUCCAAUCAAUGAACUAAAUCUUGAAUCAGCAUUCGUCAGGGAUCUUUUAAAUAGCAAAGCUGAGGAAAACCUACUUGUUUUACAAAAAUUAUGUGAUUUUCCAGUUGGACUUGUAUUUAUCAAUACUGAAAAACUAGAUGAAAAUAAUAAAGCAAAUGAAGAUGUGAUUUAUCACUUUCCAAAGGCACUUAAAAAGAAUGCCUUAUGUAAUUCCAGAGGAAUAUUUAUUACAUUAAGUCAUUUACUAGAAGACAUUACGAAAACCUCACCCAAAAUUAGCUCUAUGUUGUACAAGGAAAAACUAGCACAUGUUGUUUACACAAAAUUUAACAGCAAACUAAUGUUAUUUAUGUUACCAGAUGAAAGAGCCAGUGUUAAAGAAGUAAUGCUUAUGAACUCAGAACUUCUAAGAUUUUUGGAGUUUAGUUUUGAAAAUAUCGAUCAGUGUUUUUGUUGGAGUCGAUAUGUAGAACAGGUAGAUCGGUUAUUGUUCAGGUAUUUUGCAAGAAUUAUCUGUAACAGUGACUGGGCCACUACCGAUCAGUUUAUGGAAUAUCAAUUUGACCAUAAGGACAUCAAUAAUACAAACAAUUGUAUAUUUGAACAAAUCAUGCCAGUAGUGCCAACUUUAAAGUUACAUGACGAUGCUGUAAGGCAAAUUGAUGAGGCUUUAUCUGAAUUAGAAGCUAGUGAUUAUCGCGAAUGGAACGAAGAUCCUCUUGAUUGCCAGCGCCUUUUCACAAUAUUAGGAAGCGCCUUAUUCCAUGCAGGCUACCUCUUGCAUUCUCACUUGAUGCAUGAUGACUUAGUGGAUGUAUAUAAUUUUUGCAAAUACCAAGGCAUAGUCCAUCUCUCGAAAACUGAACCAGUGAAGUCUCUAGUUUUAUGGAAAGAAGUUUAUCCGCGAUCUUGCCGACCCGAAUUUCUUGGUACAGUCAAAAUUCCUGAAGGUCGUCGUUAUUUAUUAGUGGUAGGCACAGGAAAAGAUUUUUUAGCAGUUAUUAUGGAGGCAGGUGGUGCCACUGAACCGCCAGAAGAAAAUAUGGGUCCAGAUGCGUUUUAUGUAGAAGAAGUUCAAGCUACCCUCGCCCAUAUUCAAGAACUAGGUCUGAGUAUCGUUGCUGAGCGUUUUUUAAUGUCAAACGGUGGCUUCCAAAUAGCCAAUCCAAUGCCUUCAAUGAACCAAAAAAGAAGUGAUUUUAUAGGAUCCUUAGGGUUUCCAACAAAAUCCAGUGUACCCCAAGCACAUAAAGAAUCUUCUUCGGGUAUAAAAAAGAAUGAAGUAAUUUCAAUUUUAAAGAGGCGAAGCUCAGAACAAAACGUUUUGAAUACAUCUCAUGAAGAUUCAUAUGAUGCAUAUUCAGAAGGAUCUGAAAGUCAGAGUUAUAGUGAAGCUUUUAGUGAAAUAAGUGACGAAUCUAGCAGGAAUAGGAAACUUAAAUGCGAUUCAAAUGAUGAAGAUUCAGAUUUUGAUGAUUAUGGGGAAGGAAGCCAAUUAAGUAGCAGCAGUUGCGAUCUAUCUGAAAUUCGUCAGUCACUAUUGGCAGAUUCAGACGAAUACACACCAAUUCAAUUAACUUCUGGUCGGUAUAACGUUUUAUUCAAUUUUCUCCAACUGGACACCACAGAAGGAUUGUUGGUUACACCAUUGGAUUGUAAUUUACACUCAAAUACUUAUCAGUUGAUUCUAAAUAACUUUCGGCGAUGUUGCCAAAAUAUUCAUAGUAUUUUUCAAAGUACUUUGCGUUUUAAGAGUUUGCCAGCACAAGACGUAGCAAAAUCCUUAAUGAACAAGAGCUUGAUUGCCAUUAAAGAGUAUGGAAUGUUAUUCGAGUGUCCGUUCAAUGAUGAAAAAGAGUCAAAUAAAAAAGCAAAGAUUAGCUAUUGGGUUAUAGGGCGUUUGUUUUAUACACCGCAUCCCAAAGAGCUUUACAUUUGCUAUCAAGAUACUGUACCACAGAAUCUCGUGGAAUUGGCAUUUAAAAUCAAUCUGAAUAGUAUUUUGUGAUUUUGAUUCAACUAUUGUAAAAGGAUAGGUUGGUGUUAUCGAGUCUAGUUCUUAAAUUAACUUUCAUAGAAUGCGAACCAAUGACCUAUUAACACAGAUAGACAGAACAAUAAACAAUAAUAUCGGUUGACUACAUGCCAGGAACCGCAUCUCUCCCCACUACUUAUUAAUCCUUGUGUUAUUUUGUAUCUUUCUCUAACACGUGGAAAGCGAUUAUUUUUCAAUGAAAAUUAGCAACGCUGCAAAAAAAUAAAUCCCACCUCGAAUUCCACCUUUCCACCAAUCAGCGGCUUCUAUUCGAUUGUCAUGUCAAAAUGAGACCUGCAGGUAUUUUAUGACAAUUUCCAUUUGUCAAUCAGUGCGCAGUGAGUGUAUCCACAUCUUUUUCUAAAAUUAUGUAAAAUAUAAGGAUAAAGAUACACUUUUGUAGCACUGAUUCUGGUUUAAUUUUCAGAGUUGCCAAGUAUGCGAUAGUAAAAUGGGGGCGGAGUUGGCGGAAUCAUUUGAAUCCCUACUCCUAGCCGCUCUCACAGCUCACCCCCCCUGGCCCAUAAACAUGUAGUCAACCAAAACAAAGCUAUUUUAUCAAUGGGAUGUUCUGUCUAUCUGUGUUAAUAGGUCAUUGAUGCGAACUACACUCAACCACAAAAUAUACUCGAAUCAGCAGAGGCUUUACUGACUUUUCUCAAGGAAAUUUUCUGUCCAUAAUUCAAAAAACUCACGCCUCUACAUAUUUUUUUCAUGCACUAAAAGCAAAUGCUUACUAAUACAAUCGAGAAAUACUAAAUAGCCUGUUGACUAGACAAAGAGGUACAAGGCGGGGUGCAGGGGUUCUCAACCUUUCGGUCCUUUAACUUUCACGUGGCGGACUUUAUUACCAUCCGUAUUGCCAAAACAAUUGCAAGUUUUCAAAUUUCCACCCUGAUUGAAUACGAGAAGCAAAACCCUAUGAAUAUUUUUGAAUUGUUACAAGUCAAUAUUUAUACAUGAAAAAUGUCCAAAAAAUUGAUUUUCAGUCUUUUCAUUCUGUUAUGCGUUGGCUAAUACGUAAUGUAUAGUGCGGUGUCGACUGUAAAUUUUACUUUGCAAUGAUUUCGUAAGUGCUACUCCUGCAGGGCCCUGCUUCAUACGCGCCCUACGGAUUAUGCUAAUUUUCAGUUAGGGGUUACGGAAAUUGGUUGAGGGUUGAUGCCACACGAACCUCACAAUUAUGCUUUUAUACCAAGUGUAUAAUCGCGAAUUUUCUUAAAAAUAAAGACGAAACACUAACAACUUAAACAUACUCAUAGCUUCAUAGUCAACCAUCCAAGGACCUUUUUUUUCAGUUAUACAUGUAAACCCCAUACUUUGUGAGUGGCUUGCUUACAUCAAGUCCUACAACUUUUCCUCUACGACUUUUCUCGGAAAUGGCACGUAUGCGCGCAGGCGACUCGCAAACAUUUUAGGGGUAUCGGACUCCCCCAAUUUGCCAUUAUUUUUGUCGGCCAAGUUGAUUUCCGUGAUUUAGAAAUAAAAAUCAAACAUUAUUCGUGAAAUUAAAUUUUCAUGUAUCAAGAAACAUAACCACGUCAGAUCGACAUUUUGGGGGUAUCGGACUCCCCCAAUUUGCCAUUAUUUUUGUCGGCCAAGUUGAUUUCCGUGAUUUAGACAUAAAAAUCAAACAGUAUUCGUAAAAUUAGAUUUACCUACAUGUAUCAGGAAAUAUAGCUACGUCAGAUCGACAUGUUUGCGAGUCGCCUGCACGCAUACGUGCCAUUUCCGAGAAAAGUCGUAGAGGAAAAGUUGUACGACUUGAUGUAAGCAAGCCACUCACAAAGUAUGAGGUUUACAUGUAUAACUGAAAAAAAAGGUCCUUGGAUGGUUGACUAUCAUAGGUACUUCAAUAAAAACCAAAAUUUUAAAUAAUAUUUAAUUAUAACAAAAUAUUAAUUCCUCUAAAUUAAUAGCUAUAAAAAUAUGUAGAAAGAUAAUUCAAUAAUAUAAACGCAAUUACAUACAACAAUACCUAAAUAAGAGAAACAGUAAUAUAUUAUAAUACCUACUUAGGAUAUAACCAAUGUAUUUUCUUUCAUAAUAAUUCCUCCAAGAAAUGAAUCAAGAUGAUUAAUUCAAAUUCAUUAUUUAUUCAUGUAGACUCAAAUUAAGUUUAUGAAAAGCAGUCAGAUCUGUUCAAGUUGACCUCAAAUAUUUUUAAUGCCUUUUCCGAUUUCAAAUCGUCUACCCAUUUCUCUAUCACAACACUAAAGAAGACACUUUGUUUCAAUCCCACUAAGACUGUUAAAUAAAAAUAGUUAUUUACAUUCCAAGCUGCGAAGCAAAGUGCAGCCGAGGCUAUUUGAAUAUCUCCGAGCACCUAAGAGUGCUUUUGCAGCGUGAAAUGUAUUAAAAUUUUCAUUCUUCCCCUUCAAAAAUCGUGAAUAGGCAUGAGAAAGUGAAACAUGCUAGUAGUGAAAGUGAAAUUAAGUUAAGUUUCACUUUCGCUUUCUCUCGCCUAUGCAAGAUAAAAAAAAUCUUCUUUCAUAGGAUGGAGAAUGAAAAAUUACUUACAUCUUCAAUUACAGAAAAAAAAGUUCAGGUAUGUAUCUUGAAAUUCUAAGUGAAUAUACAUAUUAUUGAUAAAUUCUAAUUUGAUAAAAUAAUCAAAGCACUAUUAUAGCAUAUCAUCUAAUAUUUUAGUUGCAAGUUGCAGUCUGUCAUUUACCAUGGAGGACGGUAAGCUGGUUGCUGGGGUUGUUGUGGAGGUUGUUGAGGAUAAGUUCCAGGAGGAUAAGUACCUGGAGGGUAGCCAGCUUGGUAGUUUUGGUAAUUUCCUAAAAAAAACGGUAUUUUUGCAAAAAUUAAAAUAGAAAGACAGAUUACCUGGCCAAGUUCCAUAAGGAUUAUAUCCUUGAGGCAUCGGUGGUGAUACGUAAGUAUUGUAGGCUGCAGCAGCAGCACCAGGGGUACCAUAAGGUACUGGCAUACCUUGUACAUAUACAGGGUAAGGAAGAUUAGGUGGAACCUGACCUGGAGCGGCUGGUUGAGGAGCUAAACCUCCUGAUGCAGUUGGACUUGAAUUGGCUGGUUUGGGAU